AUGCCUGUGAGAAGAGGUCACGUUGCGCCACAAAACACAUUCCUUGGAUUAAUUAUCCGGAAAUUCGAGGGGCAGAAUCGGAAAUUUCUGAUAGCCAAUGCCAGGGUGGAGAACUGUGCAAUCAUAUACUGCAACGAUGGCUUCUGCGAGAUGACGGGCUUCUCCAGAUCGGACAUCAUGCAGAAGCCGUGCACCUGUGACUUCCUGCACGGUGACCUGACGGACAAAGAGGCCAUCAGCCUGGUGUCCCAGGCUGUUCUGGGGUCUGAGGAGCGCAAGGUGGAGAUCACCUACUACCGCAAGGAUGGUACUGACUUCCAGUGUAACACUCACAUAAUCCCAGUGAAGAACGAGGAGGGCCUGGUGAUGAUGUUCAUCCUAAACUUUGACUACGUUCUGGAUGAAGGAAGUGACAGCUCCACGGAGAAGAUAAGCCCCGCCUCCCCAACGAAGUCAGACCAAAGUGAAUUCUUCCGCUUCCGCCAGGCCGCUUUGAGCCUAAUGAACACUAAGCAGUCUCUUCCGCAAGAGGACCCAGACGCCGUGAUGGUGGACUCACCCAAAGAGAACGAGAACUCGGUGGCCCUUCAGAACCUCCCCUCACCCGCCAAGAGCGUUUGCAGCCCCAUCGAGGCGAACGACACGCACGCCCUCAUAAGCUCCAGCCGCCAUUCUUCCCAGGCGAGCGUCGGUCCGGAGCCACUUGACCAUUCAUCCCCUAAACUCCUCUGGGAGAAGCUGUACCAGAUGGAGGCGCACCAGUCCUCCACCUCCCUGUCCAACAUCUUCCCCAGAGGCAGCAUCAGCAGCAUGAGGCGAGCCUCGUCUGUCCAUGAAAUUGAGGCCUAUAGCUCCAAUUCCAAAGGUGUUUUCAGGGAUCGGCAUUCCAAUGAAGGCCCUUUUAAUCACGUGAAGUCCAGCCGGCUUGGCUCUACUUCUGAUUCCAACAUCAACAAGUACAGCACCAUCCACAAGAUCCCCCUGAUUGCACUCAACUUCUCUGAGGGGGCCGACAAAAAGACUCACUCUCCGCCAACAUCGGAGAAAACCAUCAUCGCACCAAAGGUCAAAGACAGAACUCACAAUGUCACGGAAAAAGUCACACAGGUCCUGUCGCUCGGAGCCGACGUCCUGCCCGAGUACAAACUCCAGACAUCCCGCAUUGACAAGUUCACCAUCCUCCACUACAGCCCCUUCAAAGCCGUGUGGGACUGGCUCAUCCUGCUGCUGGUCAUUUACACAGCAAUCCUCACUCCCUACUCUGCAGCUUUCCUCCUCAACGACCAGGAGGAGCAGAAGAGGCGUCAUUGCGGUUACUCCUGCAGCCCCCUCAACGUGGUGGACUUAAUGGUGGACAUAAUGUUCAUCAUUGACAUCCUCAUCAACUUCAGGACCACUUACGUAAACGUGAACGAGGAGGUGGUCAGCCAUCCAGCAAAGAUAGCGAUCCAUUACUUUAAAGGCUGGUUCCUUAUAGACAUGGUGGCUGCAAUCCCCUUUGACCUUCUUAUCUUUGGCUCAGGAUCGGAUGAGACCACCACUCUGAUUGGCCUGCUGAAGACAGCCAGGCUCCUGCGAUUGGUGCGUGUAGCCAGGAAGCUGGACCGCUACUCUGAGUACGGAGCCGCGGUCCUCAUGUUGCUCAUGUGCAUCUUUGCGCUCAUCGCCCACUGGCUGGCCUGUAUAUGGUACGCCAUUGGCAACGUGGAGAAGCCCUACUUGGAGCACAAGAUUGGCUGGCUGGACAAUCUGGGCGUGUCCAUAGGAAAGAGAUACAACUACAGCGACCCCAGCUCUGGUCCGUCAAUCAAGGACAAGUAUGUCACAGCACUUUACUUCACCUUCAGCAGUCUGACCAGCGUGGGCUUUGGAAAUGUUUCCCCGAACACCAACUCGGAGAAGAUUUUUUCCAUCUGCGUUAUGCUGAUUGGCUCCCUAAUGUACGCCAGCAUCUUCGGAAACGUCUCCGCCAUCAUCCAGAGGCUGUACUCAGGUACGGCUCGUUAUCAUGCUCAGAUGUUGAGGGUCAAGGAGUUCAUCCGCUUUCACCAGAUUCCCAACCCGCUGAGACAAAGGCUGGAGGAGUACUUCCAACACUCAUGGACCUACACCAACGGCAUUGAUAUGAACACGGUGUUAAAAGGUUUUCCUGAGUGCCUGCAGGCAGACAUCUGCCUUCACCUCAACAACAGUCUUCUUCAGGACUGCAAAGCGUUCGAGGGAGCCACCAAAGGCUGCUUGAGGGCCCUCGCCAUGCGCUUCAAAACCACUCACGCCCCUCCUGGGGACACGCUGGUUCACAGUGGCGAUGUGCUCACCGCGCUCUACUUCAUGUCCCGCGGCUCCAUCGAGAUCCUGAAAGACGACAUCGUGGUUGCCAUCCUGGGGAAAAAUGACAUCUUUGGAGAAAUGAUCCAUCUCUUGGCCAAACCUGGGAAGUCCAGCUCCGACGUGCGAGCUCUGAGCUACUGUGACCUGAGCACCAUUCAGAGAGAGGACCUGCUGGAGGUGCUGGACAUGUACCCGGAGUUCGCCGACUGCUUCCUCAACAACCUGGAGCUGACCUUUAACCUCAGAGACGAGGCUGUCCAGGCUUCAGGUUCCCAAGACUGUGAGUCAGAUGGCGAGGGCACUAAGAGCAUUAAGAGAAGAAUCUCCUUCACACCAGAUCUCUCCACAGGGGAAAACAAGGAAGUGGUUAAGGACGUGGGAGGAGAGAGGGAGUCGAACUUGUGCCUAAAGAGUUGCUCAGGAGUCCUGCGUCCCUCCUCACCCAAUCCCCCAGUCCUGGACACAGAGCUGAUUGUCAGAGACAGCCGGAGGAGAAAUGCAUCCUUUGAAGAUCUCCGCUGUGAUAAAUGGGCCUGUAAGAAGCCUGCAGACUACCUGGAUGAGUCAGCACAGUUCCAGGACCUGAGAGAGGAUGAUCAUUCUGCCAGUGAAAUCACGUACGGAGAGGUGGACCAGCGCUUAAGUCAGCUGCAGGAGCACUUAAACAGGAUGGAGUCCCAGAUGAUGUCGGACAUCCAGACCAUCCUGCAGCUGCUGCAGAGACAGCCGACUCUGGGACCUCCAGCCUACAGCACUGUGACUGCCAGUCCAGACUAUCACAGACCUGCUGUGAAGGUUCAGCCAGUUGCUCUGCCCGCAAACCAUUUCUUCAGUCAUACAGCAACUCAAGGCCCCAACCACCAACUGGAGAACGUCAUUCAGGAAUCCAAAGACUCUCUGUCGAGCUUGGCUAACACGAAUGCACCCAUUGAGGACAGCCUUACAGCACUGCUUGUACAAACACAGGCAGAGCCACUACAAGAACAACUACAACAGCAGCAACAACAACAACAACAACAACAACAACAACAACAACAACAGAUCACAGGCCAUCAACAGUCUGCACUGAUCCUUCUUCAAACCGAAACGUCCUCCUCCUCUUCCUCCCAACCUCUUCCCGACUCCGACCUCAACAGGGCUGGACUCCAUAGACAUGUCUCAGACCCGGAGUUACCAGGACAAUGAACCUCUCAGCAGGACAGUGUUCUAAUAUCCGGGUUGUAAUGCUGUAAUUACUAAGGAGCAUAACUUUUUAUCAGCAUGCUGGCACUGACAUCUGUAUUGUUUAUUUGCAAUGCCUAAUAGAAAUAAGAAGUUGUUGUUUUUUUCAAGAUGCAUGUGGUUAAAACACUGUUUUCUGCAGUUAACAGUGUGACGACAAUGGUUACAUAUUGUAAAAGUAGUUCUAUCUACACAGGAGUCCUUUGAUUGAAUCUUUAGGUGUCAUUACGCACUCAUGUUUCCCUAAAUGUGGAUGCCCAACCAAUCAGGACGGACCUCUUCAACCCAACCCCCAUAUAAGGAUAGAAAUUCCUUAGUAAUACGUUUAAGCUUCUGGAUCAAAUCUAGAGUGGUGCUUGGUUGAAGGGCUCCACCUGGUUGUGAUAGAGCGCUACAACACAUUCCUGUGUCCCUGCUGCAACAAAUCCCAGAAUCCAACUGGUCACACCCGGACGCAGUAGUGGGGAUGUAUCAUAGUACAUUUACUCAGUUACUGUACUUGACUACAUUGUUCAUGUAUGUGCACUGUUACUUAAGGAGAUUUAUUGUCUGGUACUUUUCACUUUUAAUCCAAGACAUUUAAAACUUCAAGUAUAUUUAAAAGCAAGUACUUUGACUUUAAUUUGGCACUUUUACUUUCACUUGUGUAUAUAUUGUCUAUUUAUUUGUACUUCCAUUGAGUAAAGUGUCUAAGUGCUUCCUUCACCACUGCUGGGCUGUGUGACCAGGAUGAAGGUCUUAUGACCGGGUCAUCACGGAAUCUGGUCUCAGUUGCAAGGCACUGUCAUACACAGGCUCCAAUGCAUAAGUCCAUCAAUGCCCUUGACCAUCACAGAGAUGUUUACCCCGCUCUAUUUUUUCUUGCUAAGUAAGAGGCACUGACUGACCUACCUCACACUAGGCUGGUCCCGCGAUCCAGCACACUCCAGGAUACAGGCAUUAGUCCAUCACAUAAUGUGGAUGUCCUCCUGGUGUCAGCUGCAGAGCCAGAAAAUGUACCUGUGGCGGCUGGGCAUGCUUGAAGAGGGUCCAGAAAGAGAACAGAAAUGUGGAAUUCUGGCAAGAUCCAGUACUGUCAGAGCAGAUUCAAGUCUAAAGCAUGUGAGCGACACAUAUACAGGCUCCAUCUCUUAGCGGGCCUGAGCUUGCAUAUUAAAAUACCAUACAAACUACUGCAGCUAUUAGUUUAAUACAGCAUUAUAACAAAGGUGCAAGAACACGUUUUUCGUAUCCUUAGCUGUAAGCCUGUCUUCUCUGAAGUGUGACUCAGGGGUUAUGGUCAAUUGCACUGCAAUAUACAGUUCAGUAUCAAGUAUACUGUAGUUUUCUUCUUGACAAUGUGCAUUAUUUCUGCGGUCACUGAUGUGCAUCCACUGUAUUACAUUAAGCCAACGGAACGCACCAUACAUGCUUGUCCGGGCAGACGUAACAACAUGCAGAUUUGAGCAAAUCUUCUGCCGUUACCCCAGAGCUAUGGGCCUCUGACAAGCACGUAUGUUGCAAGCGUUUCUACAAGGCAGUGCAUGUGUUUUUUAUCUAUAUAUUUACUGUUUUUUGCACUGCUUAUGAGCCCAAAGUAGCACAUUCAAAUAUAAAAUGAUGUCAGCGCACUCUUUUAGGAUGCACUUAGAGGGAGUGUCGAGUUGGGCGGGGGGGAACACACAGGAAGUUAGUACUUGCGCAUAAACAGGCCCCAGAGGCGGGUUUCGUGCCUAUAAAACCGAUUCAAAUGCUAAGUUAGCAUUUCAAGUAUACAGUUACUAACCAUACAACAAGUCAUAUUAUUUCCCUUGACAGUUUUUGGUGGCAAUGUACAUAACAGAUAACAUGUUGUUAGACAAGUCGAAAUAAUACAUCAUAUUGCAAGAUGUAUAAAAAAAAUAUGUAUUUUUUUUAACUGAGUAAAAUAUAUGAGAAACUCUUUAGCAAAGCAGUUGUACUUAUGUUUGUUUUGAAACUUU